ACGGUUACCUCAGAGAUGCAUUCCAUCAGUAUAGUGCUCGUGUUCGCGCUGGUCGCCAUAGCGAGCGCCGCGCCAGCCGAAGACAAGCCACAUUACGACUUAGGCAAGGCUCCGGAAUACUUCGAGAAGUUUAUCAAGGACUACAACAAGGUGUAUAAAGAUGAUGCCGAUAGAGAAGUACAUUACCAAGCCUUUGUUAAGACAUUGGCGAAAAUCAAUCAGCUAAAUGGGGACAACGACACUGAUACUUUUGGUAUCAACCAUUUCUCUGAUUUUACUGAAGAAGAAUGGAAAAAACUACUACCGGUGUACACGGAUCGACCAGGUCGAUGAAAUUAAUUAAAAGUCAGAUUUGCUGUAAACUAUCGUCAACAGAGAUGAUGGUAUUAAAUAAAAUUUGGUUACGGUCCAUAAUUUUUGAACUCUGUUCCAUGACAAUAUUUUUAAAUGAUUUUCUGUGUUAAAAAGUAAUCAUUGUGAUAAGAAUUGUAACUGAUGAUUGCUCUUGACAGAACCAAUUAUAAUACAAAAUGUAUCUGAAAUAAGCGAGUCUAUCAUUAUUGCCUGAUCCUUUUCUUUCGUUUCGUGAAAGACAAAACGAAAGACGGCGCUAGAGUCAUGCAAAUCGGUGCUCUCCUUCUUGUGCAUCGUAGUUUAUAUGGAUGGAUGUUCAAAUCAAUUAAACUACAAAUUAAUAACUGUUGUGUUAUGUGUAUUGAAUUGUUUACUGAAACUGUUAUUUAUUUAAAUGUUGGGCUGGCAGGCUGGUAAUCUCUGGACCCGCUGAGCCGAUUUUCAAAAAUGAAUCAAUGGAAAUCUUUGUUAUUUGUGAAUGUCAGGAUCUUAUUUUAUCGAUUACGGCGAGUGAUUCGCACAGAAACCGCGGUCAUCAGCUAUUGUCAUUGUAAAAACUGGGCAGACGUAUAGCCAAGUCUUAGUAAUAGGGUCCCGUUUUACCCUUUUGGGAUAAGGAACCCCAAAAACGAGACUUACUUAGAUUAACUGACUUGUUGUACAUUUUUACAUCGGCGUGCGCUACGAUCGUUUUCAUUUAAGAGGCGUAGGAACUACUAAACGCGCCGGGAUUAACAUUAUACAUAUCACGUUUAGUUUCUAGGUAGGAAAUAGGGCUAUGAUUCGUUCAUCAUGCUAACAGUACAUGACAAAUUCAUCGCUUUCCUUAUUUUACGCUUUGCCACAGACGGAUAAAUAUUUGUACUGUA